AUUUGUGUCAACAGACUUGUAAUGUGCUUCUACACUUUGCCUCUGCUAACGUUUAUACACACUACCUUGUCGAAUCGCAGGACCUUUACAAAACGGAUCAACUUGCCGGCAAACUUCUUCCUUGUUUGUCCUUUUUAACUGUGGACCCUGAGAAAAGCAUUCGAGAUGAUGCAUUUCAAUCCAUAUACACGGUGUUGGACCAUUUGAAAAAGACUUGUAAUGUGCUUCUACACUUUGCCUCUGCUAACGUUUAUACACACUACCUUGUCGAAUCGCAGGACCUUUACAAAACGGAUCAACUUGCCGGCAAACUUCUUCCUUGUUUGUCCUUUUUAACUGUGGACCCUGAGAAAAGCAUUCGAGAUGAUGCAUUUCAAUCCAUAUACACGGUGUUGGACCAUUUGAAAAAGCACUGUUCACAAGCACAGGAGUUGGUUGGAAAAUUCGGACAGGGGCAAAGAAUGCCCGAUCGGGCUCAGUCGCGUGAUCUCGACUACCCGUUUGGGGGCGUGCAGAAGAUCAUUGUGCUUGGCAAAAUGU